UAAUGGUGUUUAUGUGUCGGGUGACUCUCGGCAUUAAGAAGAUCCUAGGGAGAGUUCAAGGGGGGUUGGUGUAAACAGCUGAGUAUCCGGAGCUUACCGGUUCAGCAGGUCCUAACUCCAAGUAUGUGCCCCUCCCCCAGAGGCAACCAUGGCGCAGUUCCUGUACCAGAGCGUUCUGCACUCGCUGCUCCAGGUGGACACAGGUAUCCCCAGUGCAGCCCCUGCUCACCGGCAGCUCAAAGCCAAGGACCCUGUGGGGCUGGUCCCCUCACCCCAGAGGGCAGCCUACCCAUCCCACAGUGCCAGCAGGACCCGGGGCCCAGCUCCUGGAAAAUCCAGCUCCAAAGCUCAGACAGUUCCCAGCCAAGCGGGUGGUGACCGCUACAUCCCCCAUCGCAGUGCUUCCCAGAUGGAGGUGGCCAGCUUCCUACUGAGCAGAGACAGCCAACCUGAGCACAGCCAGACGCCCACUAAGAAGGACCUUCAGAAGGCUUGGGCCUUGAACCUGAACAGUUUCGAUGUAGAAGCAGCCAAGAUCCUUUGUCUCAGCGGAAAACCCCAGAUUGCCCCAGAGGGUCACCAGAACAGACUGAAGGUACUUUAUAGCCAGAGAGCAACGCCGGGCUCUAGACGAAAGUCCUGCCGAUACAUUCCUUCCCUCCCGGACCGUAUCCUGGACGCCCCAGAUAUCCGGGAUGAUUUCUACCUGAACCUCGUGGACUGGAGCUCUGGGGACUUACUGGCUGUGGCACUGGACAACAGUGUCUACCUGUGGAGUGCUAGCUCUGGUGACAUCCUGCAGCUGCUGCAGAUGGAGCAGCCUGGGGAUUACGUGUCCUCCGUGGCCUGGGGCAAAGGGGGUCACUACCUGGCUGUGGGCACCAGCAGGGCUGAGGUGCAGCUAUGGGAUGUGCAGCAGCAGAAACGGCUGCGAAGCAUGACUGGUCACUCUGCACGAGUGGGCUCCCUUUCUUGGAACAGCUACAUCCUGUCCAGCGGCUCACGCUCGGGUCACAUCCACCACCAUGACGUCCGGGUAGCCGAACACCACGUGGCCACGUUGAGCGGCCACAGCCAAGACGUGUGUGGACUACGCUGGGCUCCAGAUGGACGGCAUUUGGCCAGUGGUGGCAAUGAUAACUUGGUCAAUGUGUGGCCUAGAGCUGCUGGAGGUGGUGGCUGGGUUCCGCUGCACACAUUCACCCAACAUCAAGGUGCUGUCAAGGCUGUAGCUUGGUGUCCCUGGCAGGCCAACGUCUUGGCAACGGGAGGGGGCACCAGCGAUGGACACAUCCGUGUCUGGAAUGUCUGCUCCGGGGCCUGUCUGGGUGCUGUGGAUGCCCAUUGCCAAGUGUGCUCCAUCCUCUGGUCUCCCCACUACAAGGAGCUCAUCUCCGGCCAUGGCUUUGCCCAGAACCAGCUGGUGAUUUGGAAGUACCCAACCAUGGCCAAGGUGACGGAGCUCAGAGGCCACACAGCCCGUGUCCUGAGUCUGACCCUGAGCCCAGAUGGGGCCACUGUGGCUUCAGCAGCAGCAGAUGAGACCCUGCGGCUGUGGCGCUGCUUUGAGCUGGACCCUGCAUGGCGGAGGGAGUGGGAGAAGCCCGGUGCAGCCAGAAGCAGACUCAUCCCCCGAGGCAUCCGCUGA